CUCCUCUUCUGUCGCUCCUGAACGGGAAGAGUUACAAUGGCUUCUCCUCUGUCCGACGUGCUCUCCGCGGCCAACGCCGCCCUGGCCGACUUCCCCGCCCCCGAGAAUAUCGAUCAUGGCACUCGCAUGCAGCUUCUCGCGACCAUGGAUAAGUUGCGCGCGGCUUUGGAGCCGCCACGGCUGACGGUGUUGAAGCAUUGUCUUUCGUACUACGUCAUAACCGCUGUCCGCGUCGGCCAGGGGAUGGGCAUUUUCGAUGCUUUCGCCAACGCUGAGGGUCCUACCAAGCAAUUGACUGCUGAUGCUCUGCACGAGAAGACGAAGGGUGAAAGGGAGUUGCUUGUCCGAUUGAUGCGCUACCUCUCCGCCCAGGGCAUCUUCAAGGAAGUCGGCAAGGAGACAUACGAGGCAUCGCCGCUGGCGCUGGAACUGACGUCCGUGGGUGGAGAUGCAGUCAAGCAUUUCUACCUCAACAUGCGCACGUCUUCCUUCCUGUACGAAUACUUUGAGAAGAACGGAUACGUCACCCCGUCGGAGGCGUACGACGCGCCUUUCCAAUUCGCGCACUCCACCAAGCAGCACUUCUUCGAGUUCCUCGACAGCAGUCCCGAAGACCAGGCGGCCUUCAACUCCGUCAUGACCAUGUCGCGCACUGCUGGCGGCGUCCACUGGCACCAGUUCUACCCCGUCGCCGAAAGGCUGCAGGGGAUAUCGCCGGACCGCGUGCUCCUGAUCGACAUCGGCGGCGGAGUCGGCCACGACAUCUCCACCUUCAAGGCUGCUCACCCCUCUAUUUCCGGGAAACUCAUCGUGCAGGAUCUCCCCCAGGCUAUUGCGGGUAUCAAGUCUCCCCUGCCGGAGGGCAUCGAGGCCAUGGGAUAUAACAUGUUUGAUGUGCAGCCUGUCACGGGUGCGAAGGCGUACUACAUGCGCACGGUGCUUCACGACUGGCCCGAUAAGCAGGCGUUGGAGGCCCUGGCGCAGAUAAAAACCGCCAUGGCGGAGGAUUCGCUGUUGUUGAUCAAUGAGAACACCCUCCCCGAGUCGAAUGUCUCGCCGGUUACCGGGACGUUGGACUUGGUCAUGAUGCAGACGUUUUCGUCGCUGGAGCGCACGGAGAAGCAGUGGGUUGCGUUGUUGGAGAAGGCGGGCUUUGAGGUGCUCAAGGUUUGGAAGCCCGAUAGUUCCCAUGUCACGGAUGCGUUGUAUGAGGCGGUGCCGAAGAAGAGCGCUUAGUUGAUGGGCUGUUUCUGUAUGUAUUGUGGGGUUGGUUGUGCAUAGCAUGGCAUGCAUGGAUGGAAGGUAUUGGUGGAUCUGUC